CACAACACAAGUGUGAGCCGUGUGAACCAAGCUUAAUGUUGUUUUUCUCAUUUCUUGCGCAACAUUUUUCAGAAAAAGUCUGUGUUUACUUAUUUUAAAAAUUAAAAAUGUUUAAAUCUGCCACUGUACGUUUAAUUCCGCAGGGAAGAAUUAUCACUCGUGUUUUCAGUUCUCAGUCUUCGACGAAAAAAAGUGAUGGAAGUUCUGCAGUAAAUCCAAAUGUACAGGGUCUGAGCGAAAAUUGCGUCAAGGUGCCAAAUCAUCCUGUUGGUCCCGGUGCAUCAAAGGAUAAGGAGUACAAAACUCCCGAAUACUUUUGUUUCACCGCAUUUUCAUUUGCGGAGGCUGAAGUUGAAAUGGAAAAGUAUCGACUCCCAGCACCGUCUAGUAAAGCCAAACACACUAAAUAAAUUUAAUUCACAAUUAUGUAUGUCUAUUUAAAUAGAAAUUAUUUCAUAAUUUAUGCAAUAAUAAAUUAAUAGUAUUUAAUUAAAAGCACAUUAGUAGAAAAA